GAUGGCAUAAGAGUGGCUAUUACUACGGGAGGAGAAAGCCUACCGACCAAACAAAAGACAGAGCCUCGUGGUCUCGUUCCAUCGGCGAUGGCACAGCUAGAGGUGUUUUUGUUCACGGCUCUAGCUCGCAUUUCGUCUGGGAAAUCAGCUUCCUUUAUUGGCUAAUCCUGACCGGUACAUCAACCGACACCUCCAACUAUGGAUAGCAUUGAAGUUCCACCUUGUGUGUUUCUGCGUCAAGACAAUAAGAAGUAAGAGAAAAACAUCACGGACGACUGUGGGCUAUUCUCCAUUCCGGACUGAUCCCCAUCUAUAGAGCGGGUCAUUGAGAAAUGCAGAAGUCAACGGAUUUUUACCCGAAAUAGAUUUUGAUAGACUAUUUUGUUUCAAUCCUCGGCUGCAAUAUUCAGGAUAUUCCAUUGGUUGACGUGUAAAGGGCAUGGACACAAUGUUUAUUAUCCACUGUCUACGCAAAUUAUGUUUCAGCUACCAUAAAUUAUCCCUGUAGUUAGAAUAUAUGUCUUCGUGCUCUCUAUUUUGCAAUUAACGGCCUGGGAUGAUAUAACUGCAGUUUAGAGGAUUGCUUUGCGCUGCUAGGAAUAGUGCUCUGCUGUAGUUAAGCUCUUUUUAACAGAGAAAGGCCUGUCGGGAUAGACGCUACGCAGAUCGCCUAUAGGCUUUCAGAAAUACCCUUUUGUUCAUUUUGACAACAAACCGAUAUAUAUAUAUAUAAAAUCAAAUGUAAUUCAUAUAAACGCAAGUAACCUAUUCUGAGCUGCAGUGUACAGUUGUAGGCUAUAAGGUGGAAUCAUCUACCCACUGCACUAGCAAGGUGACAGUAGAGUAGGGUUGCAGUGUGAGUGGAGUUCUCUGUGACAGAAGGACAACAACUAUGGCUCUGCCAGAUAACACCCCAGGCAUUCCCGUAGUGGAGGAAGUCAUCUUCCCUGAGAUAGUAGAGCUGAACGUGGGCGGCCAGGUGUACAUCACCCGCUACUCAACCCUCAUCAGUGUACCAGACUCUCUCCUGUGGGAGAUGUUUAGCAGGAAAACCACCAAAGGUCUGGCGAGGGACACCAAGGGCCGUUUCUUCCUGGACCGGGAUGGUUUCCUGUUCCGGUAUAUUCUGGACUACAUGAGAGAUCAGCAGCUGGUGCUCCCUGACCACUUCCCAGAGCGGGGACGCCUGCAGCGGGAGGCUGAGUUCUUCAACCUACCUGAGCUCAUAAAGAUCCUGGCGCCCAAACUCAGCAAGCAGAACUCGCUGGGUGACGAGGGGUGUCAGAGCGACCCGGAGGACACCUCGCCGGGCAUCGACACCGGGCGCAACCUAGCCUCGCUGGGCACUGCCACUGCCUGCGCCAGCCUGGUCCCCAGUGGAGACGGUAAGCGCUCGGGAUUCAUCACCAUCGGUUAUCGCGGCUCCUAUACUUUGGGGCGCGACAGUCAGUCCGACGCCAAGUUCAGACGUGUUGCUCGCAUUAUGGUCUGUGGCAAGACGUCGCUGGCUAAAGAGGUGUUUGGGGAGACGCUCAACGAGAGCCGUGACCCGGACCGACCCCCAGAGCGCUACACGUCACGCUACUACCUCAAAUUCACCUUCCUGGAGCAGGCCUUUGACAAGCUGGCAGACGCCGGGUUUCACAUGGUGGCCUGUAACUCCACGGGGACCUGCGCCUUCGCUCACGAGCAGACGGACGACAAGAUCUGGACCAGCUACACUGAAUACGUGUUCUACCGUGAGUGAGACCAUCAUCAGCCCUGGCCCCGGGCCCCCAAGUGCUCCCCAGCCUCCAGCCCCUCUCCCGUUGCCUUCCUGGAUCCAGCCCUGGGUCCUCUUGCCUCCUGGACCCCAGCCUCCAGCCCUCCCUAGUUCUUUGACUCCCCUUUGUGCUCCCUAGCCUCCAGUCCUUUGCUCCAACCACCAAGUUCCCCCCCCCCACUCUCCCAGCCUCCAGCACUUGGAUUCCUGCCUCAAGCCUCCCUGCCUCAAGCCCCCUGGCCCCCAGCCUCAUGGGCCCCUGCCUCAAGCCCCCUGGACCCCAGCCCCAUGGGCCCCUGCCUCAAGCCCCCUGGACCCCAGCCCCAUGGGCCCCUGCCUCAAGCCCCCUGGCCCCCAGCCCCAUGGGCCCCAGCCCCAUGGGCCCCUGCCUCAAGCCCCCUGGCCCCCAGCCCCAUGGGCCCCUGCCUCAAGCCCCCUGGCCCCCAGUCCCAUGGGCUCCUGCCUCAAGUCCCCUGGCCCCCAGCCCCAUGGGCCCCUGCCUCAAGCCCCCUGGACCCCAGCCCCAUGGGCCACGGCCCCCUGCUUCAAACCCCCCUCCUCCAUAUUUCUUUCUGACCCAUCAGCUGCCUUCCUUACCGCCUCUGCUGUCCCCUCUCCUGAUCCUUCUAUAAACGGACUAUCGCCCCCUCAAGCCUCCACACCAAGCCCCAGAGACCCAACUGCCUCCCCCCUCCACCCUCCAUGUACUGUCUCCUUCUCCUGUAUAUAGUAUCUGCCUCAGUGAAGCACAAUGCUGUGUGUAAAAUAGCUUAUUUAGUCCAGUUCAAGCCCUUCCUGGUCUGUGUUUAACUAAUUGCAGAACUCAGAGAGAAGGCUGGAGGGGCCUAUUGGAAAAGAGCUUAGCCUGAAGUGGCCCCUGGUCGGUACUAUUUUGUUCUGAAUCAAGCCUCUGCUGUUGCUUACUCCAGCAGAUCAGACUCCUCUCUUCUCCCUCCUACUCCUCAGAACAAAAAAUGUCCGAUUAAUGUGACAUCUAAGCAGCCUAGAGGAAUGAGCGAGAGAGUGGCCAGCCCGGACACAAGCAAGAACAAAGUGUUACACAAACGGAAGUCUUUCACUUCCAUUCCUCCUUCUCCUACUUCUUAUUUCCAUUAUGAUAUGUCUGUGACCAAACUGUUGGGAAAGGACCGUUCAGUUCUACUAUUCAAAUGAUUUAACAUAUCCCCCCCCCAAGGUCGUGGAAAGGGAAUAAUACCUUUAGCUUUGAAGUCUCUGCUUGUGAAGACAACUAGCUAACAUGAUGCUAUCUUGUCUCACAAAAAGCACAUUGUACUCCUUAUAAGGGAAAAGAGCGCCUAUAUGGACCAAUAGCAUCCUCUCAUGUUGUUUAUGUGUGUCUUCUUCAGGACAAACCAGUUCUUUGCAUUCUAGAAAAACAACGCUUUUCUUGUACGAGAGUCAAAACCAACAAACAAGGAAAGAAAACGUUGAGAAAAGAAUGACUCAACUCAACUCAAAAAGAUCAAGUUGUGUAUUUGACUGCAGAAAGAGAAAAACAACCAGGGGUUUAAGGGGUUUAAGGGGUUUAAGUGCAGGGUGAGGGUUUGUCUGAAAUGGCACCCUAUCCUCUAUGUAGUGCACUACAUUGACCAAAGUCCUCUGUAGGCCCUGCUCAAAAAAAGUGUGCUACAUAAGGAAUAGGGGUGCUUGAUGAAGUGUGUUUAUUGAUUGUGUGACGGAGUGUUGACUAUUCUAAUCGCCCAUGCCUGGAAGACCAGAGGAGAUGUGAAGUGUUACAUCACAAUGUCCAUAAAACCUCUCCUUCUACUCCUCCUCCUUUCUUCUUCCUUCUUCUAUUCCUCCUCCUCCUCUUCCCCCUCUUCUUCUUCCUCCUCCUCCUCCCCCUCUUCCUCCUCUUCCUCCUCUUCCCCCUCUUCCUCCUCCUCUUCCCCCUCUUCUUCCUCCUCCUCUCAUCUUGUUUUUUACACUGCCAUUCUGUUUUUACUUUCUUCAUUGAAGAACAUUUGACAGGGAUACUUUUAUUUAUUUAUUUAAUUUUACCUUUAUUUAACCAGGCAAGUCAGUUAGGAAACAAAUUCUUAUUUUCAAUGACGGCCUAGGAACAGUGGGUUAACUGCCUGUUCAGGGGCAGAACGACAGAUUAGUUCCAUGUCAGCUCGGGGGUUUGAACUUGCAACCUUCCGGUUACUAGUCCAACACUCUAACCACUAGGCUACCCUGCCGUCCCAAUACGAGUGUUAUUGAAUGCCCACAGCGUUUGGCUCUUAGCCCUCUUCUGAAACUGUGGAUUCUUUUUCUCAUUGGAGUGUGUUUUUUUCAGCUAUCUAUCCCAAGCUCUUGUAUUCAGAUCAGUAAUCCAGUUUUAAGCUCUUUCAUAUUUGAUGAUAGCUCUCAUUGACUGUAAUGUGUAUACCCGUGAGAAGGAGAAAGGAUUACGCCAUAGCCAACCAAAGAACGAUAUUCUCUGAAAGCUGUAGCAGCUAAACAACAGUACAGGACAGAGAUGUUUUCUGGGGAAUGUUGUAAUACAAUCGAUUCCUGAUAAGUACACCUCUUACAAGUGCAAAAUCACUGGUUAGUGCAUGUUGUCAUUACAGUUAUAACAGUUGUAUAUCAGGAGGUGAAUGUAGUUGGACUGAACAGUAAUUGUAAUCACAGCAACUAUAACCACAGUAACAGUAGACAGUGUGUGAAUGGUCAGGUUAAGGUUAAGAGGUUAAGAGGGGUUAAAUGUUUAGAGGAGUUAAGCAUGGUUAAAAGUUAAGAGGGGUUAAGACAGGGUUAAAGGUUAAGAGGGGUUAAGUGGUAAGGGUCAUUAUAAGGUAUACCCUCAGGGCAAGUCUGCAUAUCAACAACAACGUUACAAUUUGAACUUUCAGUGCCUCAGUAGGUAAAAUAAAGCUUAGAAUCAUCUCCAAAUACCAAGGAAACUAAACUUGUACCAGUAAUAAUCAAUGGAUCAACUAGUAAUGUGACUCGUAAAUGACAGAAUAUUCUCCCUGAUAAAGAAACUUUCUUUGCGGUUUGGAAGACAGAGUGAUUUUAAUUUGAGUGAAGGUGUAAAGAAGGCAUUCUGAAUGCCUGACGGAUGAUAAAUGUUUUCUUGGAUAUCGCUAGAGUAUGAUAGCACAUUCUUUGAGAAUGAUAGCACAUUCUUUGAGAAUGAUAGCACAUUCUUUGAGAAUGAUAGCACAUUCUUUGAGAAUGAUAGCACAUUCUUCGAGUAUGAUAGCACAUUCUUUGAGUGUGAUAGCACAUUCUUAUAGUAUGAUAGCACAGUCUUAGAGUGUGAUAGCACAUUCUUAGAGUAUGAUAGCACAUUCUUAGAGUAUGAUAGCACAUUCUUAGAGUAUGAUAGCACAUUCUUAGAGUAUGAUAGCACAUUCUUAGAGUAUGAUAGCACAUUCUUCGAGUAUGAUAGCACAUUCUUAGAGUAUGAUAGCACAUUCUUAGAGUAUGAUAGCACAUUCUUAGAGUACGAUAGCACAUUCUUUGAGUAUGACAGCACAUUCUUUGAGUAUGAUAGCACAUUCUUCGAGUAUGAUAGCACAUUCUUCGAGUAUGAUAGCACAUUCUUCGAGUAUGAUAGCACAUUCUUAGAGUAUGAUAGCACAUUCUUAGAGUAUGAUAGCACAUUCUUAGAGUAUGAUAGCUAUGAUAGUACAUUCUUCGAGUAUGAUAGCACAUUCUUAGUGUAUGAUAGCACAUUCUUAGAGUAUGAUAGCACAAUCUUCGAGUAUGAUAGCACAUUCUUCGAGUAUGAUAGCACAUUCUUAGUGUAUGAUAGCACAUUCUUUGAGUAUGAUAGUACAUUCUUCGAGUAUGAUAGCACAUUCUUCGAGUACGAUAGCACAUUCUUAGAGUAUGAUAGCACAUUCGUAGAGUAUGAUAGCACAUUCGUAGAGUAUGAUAGCACAUUCUUAGAGUAUGAUAGCACAUUCUUAGAGUAUGAUAGCACAUUCUUAGAGUAUGAUAGCACAUUCUUAGAGUAUGAUAACACAUUCUUAGAGUAUGAUAUGAAAUGAAUUGUCAUUGUCAGCUUCAGUAUCAAUGUCACAAGUCAAACAUAGACCAAACGUCAAUGGAGAAAACAUCUUAGUUGUUCAGUAGGUACACCGUACACCCUGAAGAAAACACUGGUUGUUCAGUAGGUACACCCUGAAGAAAACACUGGUUGUUCAGUAGGUACACCGUACACCCUGAAGAAAACACUGGUUGUUCAGUAGGUACACCGUACACCCUGAAGAAAACACUGGUUGUUCAGUAGGUACACCGUACACCCUGAAGAAAACACUGGUUGUUCAGUAGGUACACCGUACAUCCUGAAGAAAACACUGGUUGCUAUACCUAUUACAUGUUGUGGGAACAUGAUUAGUGUGAGUCUUUCUUUCUUUUUGCUUUUAUUUCUACUCUCCGUUAGUCAGAACCUCUACAAGGCAUUUUGGGCGUCAGCUUAUGUCUUUUGUUAUACAGCAGACGAAAGGAAAAUGUCAUCUGUCAAUUCAAAUGUGUUUUUUAUCGUCUGCUACAGUUGCAUUGUACGUCCGUUUUGAAUGAUUGAUUAACUAACCUGGUAAAGUAGGGUGACAUACUACAGGAGAGUUGUGUACGCUCUCAUUUACAUUAUUAUUGUAACCUGAAAUUGUUAAAAGAACAUACAAAUAUUUCACAA